UGCGCGGCGGCGGAGGAGGGAGAGGAUCAGUUCAGCGCCUUGGUUUGGUUACAGCGGUACGGCUACCUCCAGUCCACGCAGCCCAACAUGGCCGUCCUGCGCUCAGCUGUGACCAUGCAGUCAGCCAUUGCCGCCAUGCAGCGUGUCUACGGCCUCAACAUCACGGGACAGUUAGACCUGAACACUAUAGACUGGAUGAAGAAACCCAGAUGUGGAGUCCCGGAUCAGGUCAGGAGACAGUCAGGCUCGCAGUCACGGACACGUCGCUACGCGCUCACUGGACAAAAGUGGCAGCGCACGCACAUCACAUACAGUAUUAAGAACGUGACCCCUAAGGUGGGCGCCCGAGAGACUCACGAAGCCAUCCGGAGGGCGUUUGACGUGUGGCAGAGCGUUACGCCGCUGAACUUUGAGGCCGUCCCCUACAGUGCGCUGGAGAGCGGUAAGCGUGACGUAGACAUCACCAUUAUCUUCGCGUCUGGUUUCCAUGGCGACAGCUCUCCGUUUGAUGGCGAAGGAGGCUUCUUGGCACAUGCGUACUUCCCUGGGCCUGGGAUAGGCGGUGAUACGCAUUUCGACUCUGAUGAACCAUGGACCCUGGGCAACCCCAACCAUGAUGGGAAUGAUCUUUUCCUGGUGGCUGUCCAUGAGCUGGGCCACGCUCUGGGUCUGGAGCACUCCAACGACCCCACUGCCAUAAUGGCCCCAUUUUACCAGUACAUGGACACGGAGAGCUUCAAGCUGCCUCACGACGAUCUACAAGGCAUCCAGAAAAUAUACGGUCCUCCAGAUAAGAACCCUCAGCCAACCCGGCUGCUCACGACUGCACCCCCUCCUCGCCUGCACCCUCCAUCUGACCCUCGGAAGCACGACCGUCAGAGCCGUCCUCAUCGGCCGCCGCAGAAAUCCAAACCCUCCAACCCAAACUCCAAACCCAACAUCUGCGACGGAGGCUUCAACACACUGGCCAUCCUGCGCCAAGAGCUGUUCGUCUUCAAGGAUCAGUGGUUCUGGAGGGUGCGUGAUAACUCGGUGGUGCCUGGGUACCCCAUGCAGAUCAGCUAUUUCUGGAAAGGGCUGCCCCCCAAGAUCGACGCUGUCUAUGAGAACAGUGAGGGGAAGUUUGUCUUCUUCAAAGGGCAUCGCUUCUGGGUGUUCAAAGACACCACUCUGCAGCCCACGUACCCUCAGGACAUCUCGCUGUUUGGCAGUGGAAUGCCGUCACAGAACAUCGAGACGGCUGUGUGGUGGGAGGACGUGGCCAAAACCUAUUUUUUCAAAGGGGACAGGUACUGGAGGUACAAUGAGGACAUCCGGAGUAUGGACCCUGGUUAUCCCAAACCCAUUACCAUUUGGAAGGGCAUUCCAGACUCUCCUCAGGGUGCCUUUGUGGACAAGGCUAAUGGCUUCACAUAUUUCUACAAAGGAAAAGAGUACUGGAAGUUCAACAACCGGCGGCUGCGGGUAGAACCGGGCUACCCCAGGUCCAUCCUACGAGAUUUCAUGGGCUGCGACGGCCUGCCCUCAGACCCUGACUGGGACUGGCGGCCGCCUCAGGACGACGAGCCGCCGCAUUAUGAGCCUGACGACGUGGAUAUCGUGCGUAAACCUGAAGGCACGGGUGGCACCGAAAAGGCUGUAGCCAUCGCCAUACCUUGCGUGCUAGCUCUAUGCCUCAUGGUCCUACUGCACACCGUUUUCCGGGUCAAGCGUAAGGACACCAAGCGCCACAUACUGUACUGCAAGCGCUCCAUGCAGGAAUGGGUUUGA